ACUUUCAGUAAACCUGAAAAAGUGGAGAGUAAAACUAACUCAGCAUGGUACUGUAGUCAUUGCAAUCAACAUUUUAGGAGUGCGUCUGUUUGCAAUCUUCAUACUCUUGUACAUGCAGCUGAAAAUGUAGAGGAAACAGAAGUAAUUACUGGUGUACCUAAUGACUUCCCAAUUCUUCCUAAGAAGGCUAUUGAGAGUGACUUGCGCUGUCCAAAAUGUACAAAGAAAGUGGAAACUUCUGAUGGUGCUAGUGGUUUAGAAUGUGCUGUUUCUAAACUAGUUCAGCCAUCUCAACCAGCAAGCUCUCUAAGUAAUUCUCAUUCAGAUAAAGAAGCUAUAAGUUCUGGAGAUUCUAGCCUUACAUUCAAUUUGAAUAGCCAGAAUAAUUUUAUGGAGACUCGAGUUGUUGGGAUGGACACGUCAGAAUUCCUUGCUCAUAACUCAGCUGAUGACGAUCACCAUAUCAAUUCUGUUCUUAAUUCUCUGAAAAUGCAAGGUCUAGUGAUUGAUGAAGAGGAAAAUGGAAGUCUGCAGCUCCGUCCUUCACAAACUGAUGAAACUUGUGUGGAUGACAAACUAGGAGAUGCAAUUCAAUUGCAGGAACUGAGUCUUGCUGUUCAACAGCAAGAAAGAGAUCUCUUACAACAAACUUUACUGGGAGGGCCACUAAAUGGAGAUAUAUCGGGAAGUGUGUCAGAUCUUGAUCAAUCGUUAUUGAAUGAUGAUGAUAAAAUGUCAAUUGUGGAUCCCAGUCAGGAGACAGUUGGUGCAUAUACAGAUAUUUUAAUGGAAAAUACAUCUGUUGAAAAUGCCAUUGCUCAUGAAAUUACAGAAAAUAGCCUGACCCAGAAAGCUCUCGAAAUAUGUACCAAUUCUAAACAAAAUGAUAAAUUGCCAGACCAAAAAACAUCAGUAGGAGAAGAUAAGUCUAUCCGAAGUUGUGAAUUCAAAGACUGUAAGGAAGAAAAUUCUUUAAUGUAUGGUGUCUUUGCUCGUAAGAUUUUGUCCAAAAGAAUGCAGUUCGGACCCAUUGAAGGGAUCUUUGUAAAAGAUGAGGAUCAUUUGGGAUCUUGUCAAAAACAAUACGAUAAUUCAAAAGAUCUUGUUUUAUCCAUUGAAUUGGAAUCUGGUGAUUUGCAGAAACUGUAUGUAAAUCCAGGAGACUCGUGGUGUUGGAUGAAAUAUAUCCGAACUGCUCCUUCAUUCAAAGAAAGGAAUUUGGUUCUUAAUCAAAAUGGUCAGUCUCUUUUUUUUAUGACAACAAAGGUUAUUCAUCCAAAAGAAGAGUUGCGAGUAUGGUACAGCUUGCCAUAUGCGAUAAAACGCAAUUUACCUCUCUUGAAUCCUGAUGUUUUAAUUCGAAAAAAUUUGGAGGUCAUGGACAAAGUUUGGCCAUGUUUUGAGUGUAGCGAGAAAUUCACCAGUUCUGAAGCACUGCAAAUCCAUUUAAAUAUACAUGACUUCGAAAGGGAAGAUGAAGAUCCUCUGGAUAAGCGUUUAAUGAGGAAAACCAUUCGAAGUUUUCGACGAAAAGGCAUUCAUAAUUUUUCUCCCAGGAAGUAUAAAAGUAGUUCAAAUAAACCAAGUGAGGGAUUUCCAUAUCAGUGUCAUACGUGCCAUCGUGCAUUUCCCAGAAAUUAUAAUUUGAAGAGACAUGAAUUGUUACAUGCAAAAGAUAAAAAGUACAUGUGUGAAGUAUGUGGAUGUCAAUUUACCCAUGUUUACAAUAGAGAUAGGCACAUUCGCAAACGCCACAAAGAUCUAAAUAAAAAUGGAAACUCCAAACUUUCUGCAUUCUUAAAGAAAAAGCUUGGAUUAAAAUCAAAUUCUCAGAGUGUAAAUAACACCAAUAUGGAAUGGUGUUGCUCACAUUGUAGUCUGGGUUUUGACAGCUUACGUGUUCUGAACAUACAUACCUUAUCUCAUGGUAAUAGAGAGUUCAUGUUUGAUAAGGAAAAUCUCAAGUGUCCCCAGUGUUGUGAAGAAUUUAUCACAAAGAAGGAACUUGUAGAUCAUGUAGCAGAGCAUGGAAAACUUCUAAGUCAAGCUCGUUUACGUGGUUCUUCAAACCCUGCCAAACCCUGGAAAUGUGAACUGUGCUACAAAUCAUUUGCGACAGAAGAUCGUUUGCAGCGCCAUAUGUUGGUUCAUGGAGCAGAAGAAUCUAAACCUUUACAGUGUGAUAUUUGUUACAAGAGGUUUUUAAAUAAUUCAGCCUUAGCUUGCCAUAUCAAAAUUCAUACAGCAGAAAAGAAGAUGUUUGAAUGUCCUAUUUGCAAAAUGGUCUUUGAACAAGUUUUAUCUUUAAAAGAACAUGUGCACUGUCAUUCAGAGAAUGGGGUUUACACAUGUCCUCAGUGUAAUAAGGUGUUUGAUGGGUACAGUUUGAUCCGUAAACAUAUUCGAGCAUUCCACAGCGACAGGAAGCAUACAUGCAAUUACUGUGGCAAACUCUUCCCCAAAUUGGAUAAGCUUAGAAUGCACAUGUUGAGGCACUCUGACCAUCGAGAGUUUCUGUGUGCAAAUUGCGGUAAACAAUUCAAGCGUAAAGACAAGUUAAAGGAGCACAUGAAGCGAAUGCAUUCAGCUGAACGUGAAUUACGAUUGGCUAUGAAACCACACCGGCCUCCAACAGCUAAGAAGUUCAUGCCCAAGGUACAGGUGUCACCUACUGAUUACCACCGUUUUAUUUAUAAGUGUCAUACUUGCUUGUUGGGCUUCAAACGUCGAGGCAUGUUAGUGAAUCAUCUUGCUAAAAGGCAUCCUGAUAUUAGUCCAGAAUCUGUACCGGAAUUAAAUCUACCGAUUUUGAAGACAACACGUGAUUACUAUUGCCAAUACUGUGAAAAAGUUAGAACUUUUGUUUACAAGAGUAGUUCCAAAAGGAAAGCCCAUAUUCUGAAAAUACAUCCUGGUGCUGAAUUACCUAUGAGCAAUAGACGUAAGGGAGGUGUUCCUGAAAUUCCAGGUUUCCCGAAUCCAACAUUUUCACAGACUGUGGGUAGUAUUACUACGCUUCCUCAUGGAUGUCCAUGGUGUCACAAACAGUAUGCAUCAAAAGCAAAGCUAUUGCAACAUCAACGAAAGAAGCAUAUUGAUCUUCUACCUCAGUCACAACAGGUGCCACGUUUGGCGCGCAAUUCAAGCUCUCCAUCUCGGCAUGAAGAUAAAACAGUAUCCUCUCCACAGUUGGCCAGUGUAGAUGAACAGGAGCCUCCACUUUCUGGUGCAGAUCAGCAGAUGAUUUUGCCCCAAACAGAGCAAGAUACUCAACAUCAAAGUGAUUCAGCUUUAACACAGUUACAGGGAAUUGAAAAUGUUAUAAAUAUUAUACCAGGAGAUUAUCAUAUCAGUACUACUGAGGAAGACCUUCAUGACUUUCAGGAAUCUGGAAUUAUAAUUGAUACUUCUGCAAUGGAACGUCCUUUGAAG